UGUUUGUUUGUGUCUAUUGGAGUUGGGUUGUCCAAUAGAGAGUCAGUGUUGGGGUUAGUAUUAGUAGUAUCAGUAUUGGUACUGGCUGGUAAAAGGUUGUCAAGUGCAGGUGAGAAGCUGGCUAAUGAGCAAACUAUACUAGAG